GCGGAGCGGCGGCGGGCGGGGAGCGCGGGGCUCGGAGCGCGGGCAGCGGCGCGCGGGACCCAGAGCCGGGCCGGGGACGUGGCAGCCGCCUCGCCCGCCGCAAAGUUUCCCGGGAGUUGGCGGCGCGCGGUGCCGGGCCGCCGGGGGCACCAUGAACGUGUUCCGGAUCCUCGGCGACCUGAGCCACCUCCUGGCCAUGAUCUUGCUCCUGGGGAAGAUCUGGAGGUCCAAGUGCUGCUCGGGCAUCUCUGGGAAGAGCCAGAUCCUUUUCGCUCUCGUCUUCACCACCAGGUACCUGGACCUGUUCACCAACUUCAUCUCCAUCUACAACACAGUCAUGAAGGUGGUUUUUCUCCUCUCUGCCUAUGUCACAGUGUACAUGAUCUAUGGGAAAUUUCGGAAGACCUUUGACAGUGAGAAUGACACAUUCCGCCUGGAGUUUCUUCUGGUCCCCGUCAUUGGUCUCUCCUUCCUUGAGAACUACAGUUUUACUCCCCUGGAGGUCCUCUGGACUUUCUCCAUCUACCUGGAAUCAGUGGCCAUCCUGCCCCAGCUCUUCAUGAUCAGUAAAACUGGAGAGGCAGAGACCAUUACUACUCACUACCUGUUCUUUCUUGGGCUGUACCGGGCACUCUACCUGGCUAACUGGAUCAGGCGGUAUCAGACUGAGAACUUCUAUGACCAAAUUGCAGUGGUGUCUGGAGUAGUACAGACCAUCUUCUACUGUGACUUCUUCUACUUGUAUGUGACCAAAGUCCUUAAAGGAAAGAAGUUAAGUCUUCCAAUGCCAAUUUGAGGGCCCCAGAGAUGGUUCUACACCCUAACAAGAACACUGAACAAAGUAUUUGAAAUGUUCUCCUGGACCACUUCUACGGGACUCGGACCAAAUGUUACAAUUAAAAUGAGAAAAACGCUUGUGUGGAUUUUAGCAAAGCACUGAUCAUUCUACGUAGAAGACGUUCUCACCGAUCUGUCCCUUAAAUUAUAGCAGCAAUAAAAAACCUAGGCCAAUUACACAAGCACGGGGCCUCACGUCAACUGGAGCAUCAAGGAAUCUUAGCUUAACCCAUGUACUAUUGCUCCCAAGGUCCUAGCGUGAGCCUCAUGCUAAGGAACAGUCAAUCCCAUCUGGAAAGAGGUCUGUGUAUAAGGCAAAUGUCCCCACAGAUCAGACUUCAAGUACUAGAAGCAUGGUAUUUGAUUUUCACUUUCAAGUUUAGGGAGUGAUACAGAGGUGACCUAGUAUUACAGGUGUGAAGUGUUACUUCAACUUCUGUCUUCAAGCCACAAGCGAAAGCCAAAUUUAUCAGCUUUGGCUAGACUGAAGUAGUUUCCUUCCUCACCUUUAAAACAGAUUUGGGUCUUCCUAUGGCUCACAGCAGCUCCACACAGUACUUUAAUCCCAGUAACCUGAGUGGGUACCGCCACCAUGACGACCAUUUACCAAUGAGGAAACAAAUGACCAAGCCUUUACCUACUAGGUGCCUGGCCUUGUUGCUUUGUGACUCCAAUUUUUCCAUUAAGACCAAUCAAUCCCACCUCCCUUUCACAUUUUUAGGUGCUAGGGUGAUUACUCAGUCAAACACCCCCAAAUGUGGUCUUGAAGCAAAUAAAAAUUGUUAAGAAAACUACCAGUGGACUAUAGUCAGAGAAUUUUCAAGCAAUAAAAAGU